CUCGUGUUCGACAUCGACGCGUCUGGUAGACCCGCCAAACUUCUUCGCCGACUUUGUCUUCAAUGUUAUUCUGAACAAUACUGGGAUAAACCAUGUCUGUCUCUCGUGCAGAGUCUCAAUAUGGCCGUCGGAGGUCCAAUACUGCUCAGUCUCUGUUCAGGCCUCCACCCCAAACUACCCCGCUGAAAGUCGGCGAUUCUACGGUUCUUAGCACUUGGGUACAUGAGAAAGAGUCUUCCAACGUUCUACUCAAUAGGUCGUACUGGCCAGGAGUCUCAGAGGGAGAGCUUCUCCGAAUCACAUACGCGAACGCGGAGGAAAAAAGGGAUGGAUUCUUGUUCCUCGUUCCGAACGAGGAUAGUUCAGCGAAAGCGCAACUCCAGAUAUCCCUGCCCAAGACAGUCGCAGACGCUUUCGGCAUUCGGAACAACGGCGAGGUCACAGUGACCAAAGUUGACAAGAUACUAUGUUCUGCUGACUUUGUCGAAUUCACUUUCCAAGACCAAUAUCUCGGUCGGAACGACAUGUGGAGGUUGGGAGAGCAGCUCGUUGGGCAGUGUGUUCAUGUGGAUCAGCAGGUGCCGUUCUUGGGCUCAAUGGUGGCGAAGGUGACCGCUAUCUAUAUUGGUGGCGAGAAGGUCUCGAGCGCCUAUGUCACUUCGACGACCAAAACGAUUUAUCGCUCGCUCACUGCCCGAGUCACUAUCUUCAUUCAAGUCUGUCGUGAGCUUUGGGAAUUCGCUGCAGACGGAGAACGCUUCAACGAGAAGAUCGUACACUCAUUCCUGCCUGCGCUCUUUGGCAGAUGGAAAGACGCUGGCGCAAAUCAUACGGUCACCAUCGUCCUGAUCUCUCGCGUCUUCUAUGACCGUACAGAAAUCGAUUAUGCCGAGGGACCUCUCCGUCAAGACGAGGACAGUCGCUGGUACAAGGACUUCUACAAAGUCAUCACCGACCUCGAGGUGAUCUACAACUGGCAAUCCACCCUCGUCAGCCUCAAAGAUUCCUUCUGGGCAUUUCAACGCGAUAUUCUCCUGGCGCACCAUUACCACCGCGCGAACCUCGCAUCUGCCUCUUCAACCACCGCGCACAUCAAUUACAAGGAACCUCAAGAAGCCCGGCUAGUAGGCCGGCUUUCUUUCGCACACGACGGCCCCUUCCUCGAAGCCCUCAAUAUGGGCCUCAAUCCCACCGAAACGCAUUAUAUCGACCGUUCUCUCUCGCUCACCGGCUCCUCCACCAUCGUUAUUACUCCAGGCACAGGCUUCUACCGUGUCUCGAAGCAGCUCCUUCGCCUCACCACCACUCGUAUCCUCGAUCAGGGCUUCGGCGUUGAUCUGGUGUCACUCGCUAAACCGCCCCUGCAUAGAACGCCGGUGUUCUCGUUUCACGGAGUAGAUCCAGAGCUCUUUAGGAGCGAGAAGGUGAGUAGGUAUGGCGCGAGGGCGUUCGAUCCGUUGUGGGGUGGUGAUGAUGGACCGGCCGACUGUGUCGGGAAGGAGAAGAGGACGUUUUGGUGGGAGCCGUUCUGGAUUACCAUGAACUUUUGGGAUAAGCAGAUGGACUUGCCGUUGAGGCAGGACAGAUUUGUCCCGCGGGCCAAAAUGCACGAGAUCCAGAUGCUAGGCCUACUUGAUUUUGACGUACUGUCGAGCAUCGACUUACCCUACCUCCCGGAACAAUUCGACUCCAUCCUUAGCCCUGUCCAAGAAGAUUCCGAAAACGCAGACCCUGCUUACGCCAAGAUCGAGGCCGAUAGGUUCGACUCGGAAAUAUUCGCGGUCAGACGAGAGGCUAGGGAACACAGGUCCUCCAUCGCCAGUCGCGGCUCGUCCGGUGGCACCGCUUCGAGCUCUAGUACCUACGUGGCGUCGUCAAUCAGGAGCACGUCGGAGAAGAGGCCCGCAGCUGCGCAUCGAAACUCCAAUGCCUCGUCAAGGAUUCCGCCCAUCGCGGAAAGUCCGAGAAUUGGUGGCAAGGAGAUCAUCAAUGAUUUGGACGAAAUGGCCUCGGAUAGGGAUAGCAAGCGACUUUCGGUCAACUUCUCGUCUAGUUCUGGGUUGAGUACCUCGCCAGCACAGUCGUCUAUACGGUCGGUGCGGUCGACGCGCUCGAACAGAUCAGUUUCCUCCGCUGCAUCGGCAGGUGUCACUCCUGAGCGUCGGUCGUCGUCGAGAGGAAGUACGCCUUCACGACCGUCCUUGAUGUCCAAAUUUACGUCUUCGUGGUCGUUCAAUCCCUUCAGGAGUGGCCCAAGCGAGCCGGAAACGUCGAAUGUCUCUGCCUCUGGAGUGUCUACUCCCGUGAAGCAGACCCAAACACCAACCCGACCAAUCACUCUCCUGAUCCCAUCUACCGCCACACCGGCUCCUACCUCCAUCUCCACUUCUACCGUCUCCACUGCCGAGACAUCUCGCACCCCCAAACCAGUGGCCAUAAAGAAAUCUUCGCUCAGCACUCGCUCACGCACAUAUGACGAUCCAGAUGCCAUCCUCAUCCAUCGUGGCUCUCUCGGUCGAUACUCCGGCUCACCACAGAACACACCACCACGGGACGACUCCCAUAUGCAUUCCCGUCGCAGCACAGCUCUCACCUCUGUAUCCUUCCCUUACAAUGCAGCCUCAACAUCCUCCUCUUACACCCAGAGCUCGCAGCAUCCCAACCCUUCUGCACCUCGAACGUCGGUCGCGUACAGCCAAGCUGCUCUCGCCCGGCGCUGGCAGCACAUGUUCCCACAACCGAUGUACAAGCAGGACGUCAAAUGGAAGUCGAUGGUCACUCCUGGCUGUCUACCGCUAACAACGGAACAGUUCCCUACUGCAAACGAACUAGAGACGAGCUAUGAUGUGUUCUCGUACGACUUCGUCGUCGAUCCGGAUACACAGAGUUUCUUGGUCAGGCAGCCCAGUAGCCCCAGCGGUGGGAAACAGUCGGGAGAUGAGGCGAGAAGAGCGUGUGCGCUUGUGGUCAUGAGGGGCAUGAUUGCGUUGAGGUUAGCACAGGGGUUUCAGUUCGUGUUGAGAGCGUCGAGUUCCACGGGCACGUCGACCCCAAUUCAUACCGCUACCGGUACUGGUACUGGUAGCGUCAGUGGUUCCUACUCCACCACAGCGAGCAACCAGGCCACCGCUGUCAUCGACCCGGAAUACGCCUCUGCAUCUCAACCGCACACCUCACACCGCUCAAAAUCGUACAUCUCAGACGAAGACAGGACACCGAAACCAGGCGGCGCGUCGGAGGCUCUGAAGUCGCAAGCGGAGCCGGUGUAUCUGAGCAUGAGCAACGAAAUACAUCGAAUUUCGUACAACGGGGAACAGAUACAGGUGAGGAGAUAUGUGAGAAGGAUGCCGCAUGCCGUGCCGUUUGAUUAUAAGUGUUUGAUUUGGCCGAAGUUGGGGGUUGGGUAUACGGAGUUGGAGACUUCGUUUACGGCCAGAGGGUUGGAAAGUUAUGGUUGGAACAGGCUGGAUAUGUUGGUGGCAGGAUAUGAAGACCAGUUCAACGAAUCAGUACGCUACUGGCGUACACGCUUCAUCGUCAUUCCUAGCAUGGACCCUCUGCCGCACAACACUGGCCCCGCAGGCGAGAAACUCAACGAUGAAGAGAUGCGUAUCCUCGGCAUCGAAAAGCUCGCGAACAUUUUCUCCGGCCUACGGUGGCAUCCUCCUUCGCAACAAAGCCAAAACAAGACCCUACCGCCCCUCCGUUUCCUCCCCACCGACCUUGGACCUUCUUCCUCUGUCCUCGAUGAACAUCUCAUGGCCCAACUCGACGAUAUCCAUGCCGCGGGCCCAUUGCGCAAGAAAAUGAAAUCGGAGAGGGAUAUUGCGGAUAUGACUCUUGCUCAGAUCGCCAAGGCGAUGAGGGAGGAAGGGGGGGUGCCGAUCAAGGAGCAUAGGUGGCAUAGGCAGCGGUAUGUGGAGAGCUUUAUUGGGUCGGAGUUUGUGAGUUGGAUGGUCAGGGAGUUUAGGGAUGUUUCGAGUAGGGAGCAGGGAACAGAAUGGGGGAUCAAAUUGCAGGAUAGGGGAUUGUUUGAGCAUUGUACGGGGAGGCACAGCUUUUUAGAUGGACAUUACUUCUAUCAGUUGAAAGGCGAAUAUGCGGCGGUGUCCACGCCAAGAAGACUAUGGUUCAGAGACCGAGCCUCAUUGAUACCAGAAAUGACUGAAGUUCAUCCGCGCUCUGGACACUACCCUUCCAGUCUCCCGAAGGUGGUGGCUAAGAAACAGAAGAAACAACUCAUCCUCAGUCAGCGCGUCGUUAUCGACCUCGACCCUCACAAGAAAUCAGACCAGGCUGAAUGUGUUGUUCUCCAUCACGAUAUAAUCCACAACCCAGCCACCGUUUUCCACUUUGAACUGCAUUGGAUCGGCACCACUGCACGCAUGAUCGAGGACGCCCUCCGAAUAUGGACGCGUACCAUCGAGCGCUACGGCCUCAAGCUCGUCGAAGCCUACGUCACCCAAAUAUCCGACAUCGCCACUACGAACCCUUUCCAGUCUUGCUUCCCCGUCAGACUGGCCGUUCCACCGCCCAUCGUGCUCGACCUCGCCUCAAGGGUGCCCGAGGGAACACACGUAGACCGAUACUUCGAAUACGCACUACUCAGAAAGUUCGACUUCGUCCUGGAUAUAGAAGCAUCGGGGCUCUAUCCGCCUCACAUCGACGCAAUAUAUUCGUACCGUCGCUCACCCUUCACUUACUCCCAAUUCGUUCAUCGCUCCGGCGUUGCUUUCGUGCAAGUCCUCGGUGGCGCGCAAGGUUUCCUUUUCUUGACAAAUAGGUUGAUGGGGCCAGGGAGGUUCGCUGGCAGUGCGGCGAAUCAUCCUAUGAACGAGAAACAGUUCAACAAGGAGAGGCCGGCCUUGGCGGCGGAGGAGCUGAGGAAGAGGUUACAUCAGUUUUGUAAAGAUAGGGAUGGAUUGAAUAGGUUUUGGGACGACGAGUUGGCGGCGCUGGGACCGCCGGGGAGUAAUGGAAGUGGGGCGGUAUCUGCGGGAGCAGGGCAGCAGGCCGUGUCGGAGGAACCACCGCCACUUGCGAUUUAG